AUGGAUCAAGUUGCAACUAGACUAAACUCAGGCGAUGUCAUUAUCACAAUCACCAUUCCCGGUGAGGAAGAUGGAACCUACGAAGUCCCAUUCUACGUUCUUGACGAAUACCACUUGUCAAGGAUGGAAAACGCAAUUAUACUUGGAGUCACUAUUGGUGCUUGUUCUAUAUUAUUGGUCAUGUUGGUCGGUAUCCUAUUCAAGAAUUUCCAAAAAUUGAAGAAAUCGUUGCUUUUCAAUUUGAAUUUCGUAAUCUUGUUGAUGCUUAUCUUGAGGUCUGCCUGCUAUAUCAACUACUUGAUGAACAAUUUGUCAAGCAUCAGUUUUUUCUUUACCGGUAUUUUUGCUGGCGAAUCAUUCAUGAGUUCAGAUGCUGCCAAUGCUUUCAAGGUUAUUUUAGUCACACUUAUUGAAAUGUCAUUGACUUAUCAAACCUAUGUUAUGUUCAAAAUACCAACAUUGAAAAUUUGGGGGUUGGGAGCUUCAUUUUUGGCUGGAGUAUUAGGGUUGGCGACAAUUGCUACUCAAAUCUAUACCACGGUUAUGUCGCAUGUAAACUUCAUUAAUGGAACUACCGGAUCAGCUCCGCAAACAACAUCGGCAUGGAUGGACAUGCCAACAAUCUUAUUCUCCGUUAGUGUCAAUGUAGUUUCAUUGUUGUUGAUAUGCAAGUUGGGAUUGGCAAUUAGAACCAGAAGGUACUUAGGAUUGAGGCAAUUUGAUACAUUCCACAUUCUAUUGAUCAUGUCAACGCAAACAAUGAUUAUCCCUUCAAUCAUUCUUUUCGUGCACUAUUUUGACAAAAGCGACUCCCUGACUACCUUGGUCAAUGUCUCACUUCUCUUGGUGGUUAUCUCGUUACCUUUGAGCUCUUUAUGGGCCCAAACUGCAAACAACAUCAGACGUAUAGAUACGUCCCCAAGUAUAUCAUUCCUCACAAAAGAAACGUCUAAUGGAAACGAAACGUUGCAUAGUGGUGUCAAAGUGUCAAAAUACAACACGUCAACUUCGGUGCACACGUUGUCUGGUACUUUAAAAGACGAUUCCUCAUAUAUAUUGGACAGAUCGGCCCCUGAGCCUAAAUUGGUUGAUACAGGUUUACCCAAGGAUUUGGAAAAAUUCUUAAACAAUGACUUCAAUGAAGGUGAUGAUGGUAUGAUUGCAAGAGAAGUCACAACGUUGAAGACACAGCAUAACGGUCAAUAG